UUUGUCUUUCUGUGAGCUAUUUAAUUUAUACAGUAAAUCCUGUGAAAGAAGGCGACUUAUGUUAUGCCAGCAGUCAGCACUGAUCACCUGGCCUUAUUGUCGAUAUUUCAGAGUCGGCCUGUCUUUAAUUUGGCAUAGAAAGCGGUGCACUUAAUAGGAAUAUAAACGUGUUCAUGAACCACUCAUCAGAGCAAUACAGCAUUUCAACUUCACCCAGUGUCGAGGGAGAUCGGUGGCUCAAGCGCUUAGUGGAACUCAGUUCAACGUCAACCGCACGUCCUUGGGUCCUACAACGGUCACUUGCAAACUAACAAUUCUCCACAGUGCCCGGUUCUCCAUAUAAUCGCUGGACACUCGCUGUCCUAAAAUCCACCUAUAAAACCACUGACAGAACAGAUAGACACAGAUACACAGAGAUGGAUUACAUUGUAGAUACAUUCAUGCAAGCAAACAUGCUUUCUUUCGCUGGGAUACAUUUGAUUAAAAUUGGUUCCUCCUAGGUCAUUUCAUAAUUUCUUCAAUAAACAUCCACAGUCUUCAAAUAAGAUCAAGAUGUUCUUGCACAUAUUGAACGGCUUCUUCUUCCCACCACAUUUUUAGUAUUUUUCUUUUUUCUUUGUUUUGUUUAAUUCCACAACAGUGCUCUGAUUUGGACCACUGAUCGGCAGAACAGAAGCAGCUGUCUCAGAUUGGUGCGAACGUCUGUCUCUCAUCUAGGGCGGACGUUGAGCAGGAUACAAGUAAAGCAGAAUUGUCUUCGUUGUUUUGCACUUGUAAAGUUGUGUUUGAUGAUACUUCACGCUAUAUGCGAAAUAUUCAGGUGUUGAUUAGUUGUUCAAUAAGAGCCUUAAUUAACAGUGGUCAUUUGUGCCAAUCUUGGUGAGAUUUAAAGAUUUGAUACGGGGUGGACUGAAUCUGAGGUUAGAGCAUGGUUGUGGAGUCGCAGACACCGCCGCAGAAAAAUAAUGUUGACCAACCGAGGAUGGCUCCGCGUUGUUGAGGCGCCCAUUUCACUAAAGGUAACAUAUUCAACAUCUGAGGUUGGAGGGGGAGGUCAGAUGCCAUGUCUCCUGUGGCCUACCAGGAUCUUCCUCUCAACAUCUACAUGGUUAUAUUUGGAACAGGGAUUUUUGUCUUUGUCUUCAGUCUCAUCUUCUGUUGCUACUUGUUCAGUAAAUUAAGGCAUCAAGCCCAAAGACAGAAGUUUGGCUAUAAAACGGUGGUGUUCAAAGAUGAUCCGAAGAAAUUAAAUCUACAUGGGACGUGUGCCGUGUGUUUAGAAGACUUCAGGCUGAAAGAUGAGCUUGGUGUGUUGCCAUGCCAACAUGCCUUUCAUCGAAGGUGCCUGUUGAAAUGGCUGGAAGUUCGCUGUGUGUGCCCCCUGUGUAAUAAACCAAUCACUGGACAUCCUGAGCAGCGCCACAGCUUGGGCACAUUACUGGAUGAACUGAUAUAGCACAUCCCCAUGACUACCAAAGAUACCUACCAACAGAAAUUCUGUGCCAGGACAAUACUAGCAUCCUGCUAGUAAUAAGUGGAAAUACAUACAACACAGGAGAGGGCAAUUCCAAGCCAAACAGGAAUAUCCAUUGUCUACAAAGAAUACUUAAUCACAGCAGUUUACUUCUAUGGAGAGACAUUGAUUAAAGCUAAGGGAAAGACUGUUUCUUAAAGGCCAGUCAUAAUACAUGAUUUGGAUUUUGAAGACAAUUUAUGUUGUGAAACAAACAAGGAAAAUGAGUGCAUUGUGGGAAACAUUGUUCCCAAAAGGACCAUGGUGUUUAUAUGUUGCUAGAGAAACACACCCCUGCCUUAAAUGUCUGUCAUUUUAGAUGUCACAUCAUGUAGAACAAAUGGCUACCUUACAAUCUCCUGUACAAAAUGUUAUGUUGUAAUGUUGUAAAAAAAAAAAGCUGAAUUGUUAUUGAGUAUAAUGUAAUUAGGUGUAAUCCAAUAUUUUCUGUUGCAGCAAAUAGAAAUAGAUCAACUCAUACACCUGAAGCAAUCUUCGCCUCAUUCCAUGCCAUUAGGUCUACCAAAACCAACCGAAUGCUGAAAGUUUGAAGAUAACUCCUCUUUAGAAGUGAUUUGAAGUCAAUGUAUUAACCCUUGUGCUGCCUUUGGGUCACAAUGACCGCGCUGUGGGGGGGGUGAGACAGCCCAACGGUUAAAAGAAAAUGCUUAACUUUAAGGUAAAGUUGUCGCAACCCAUGACAAGUCAUUGACUUAAGGGUCACAAUGACCCGAAGAUAUUAUCUGAUGUCAAGCCCUUUGUUCUUAGUCAUUGUUAUGGUUACCUCAUUGCACUGGAUUAAAACAGAAAAAUCUAAAAAAUGCAAAGAGUAAUGAUGUUUGUAUGCAAUUGGAAUCGUUUUAAAAUAAAUUUAAAAGUGGUGAGGUGGAUGCUUCCCUCAUUUGAAGACA